AUGUCAGACCAUAUACCUUUCCAUAUUCAAGCGGAGAUCAUGAAAAUGCUUCCUGUCAAAUCACUUAUUCGAUUUACGUGCAUUUCAAAAGCAUGGAAAUCUUUGAUCGAGAACUCCGAGUUUAUUGCCAAUCACAUCUUCCGUCCACAGCAUAUGCUUGUAACCUUCAAAGAUCAAAAAAUUGUUUCUUUUGUCGACGACGACACUUUCCCCGAUCAGGGUCUAGUUCCGACUCUUCCCCGGUCAGUUCACCAGCAUUCAAGAAUAGUCGGUAGCUCUCAAGGCUUGUUGUGCUUCAACGCUUUUACUGAUUCGAAUCAACCUAAUCUAGGAUAUAUCAGCAGGACAUAUAUGACUGUUAUUUGGAAUCCCUCUAUUAGAAAAUCGAUUGUUCGCAAUGUGUCUAUUGAGUUAUAUGAAAACGAUGAAACAGUUCUUGGUUUUGGAGUUUGUCCUCUUACUUAUGACCCUAUGAUCAUGGUGAUUACGCAGUUUCAUAAGUGGCCUGUAAAAGUCGGGUUCACUGGCCUUUGGGACGUGAAGGUUUACAGAUUGAGCUCUGCAAAAUGGAAAAGCUUAUCUAGAAAUCUUCCAAGUAAAUCAGUUCGAGUUCAAUGUCCUCAGGUGAUUGUUGAUAGGUUUAUCUAUUGGUGUGCAGAGCAGAGAUUGACUAUAGAUAAUGGGUUACGCAGGUUUCAUAAUGUGGUUAUGUCAUUUGAUAUGACUAAUGAUAGUUUUAAAGUGGUAGACCUCCCAAAGAGUUUAGCAUGCCACCCUCUAAAAGACUUGUCCAUUUCUAAACUAAAGGAGUCUCUUGCCAUUCUUGAAUACAAUAUAAACACCAGAGUUUAUGAUGUAUGGAUGAUGGAUGUUGAAAGAUCGUUUGCAAAGAUGUUCAACAUUACGGCACCCCAUGGAUCAAUAAUGGGAUUUUUGAAGAGUGGCGAACCUAUAAUGGAUGUGAAAGUAGAUGAUGCUUCUGAACUUGUUGUUUGUAAAACCUACACACGCUGCUCAGACCAUUUCACUGAUCUUGAGUUUUCUAGAACAAGUGAUAUGAUGUCUGUGAACUCUUAUGUGGAAACACUACUUUUCCUUGGUCAUUGUGAUUGUAAUGAUUAUUGA